AGACGGUGACCGAGGUAUCAAACGACAAAAUCCUUUUACCCUAACGCCAUUGUUGAAUUAUCAUUUUCUUCAGCUCCAGAGAUAGAGAGAGAUGCUGAGGACUGGGUGUCGUCGAUUUCUAGGGUUAGGGCAUGAACAGGGGCGGCCCGUCCUCGCCCGGCUCUACCACGAGCGCGUGGUCGAUCACUACAACAAUCCCCGGAACGUCGGGUCCUUCGACAAGAACGAUCCGUCGGUCGGUACGGGCCUCGUUGGGGCCCCCGCUUGCGGCGACGUCAUGAAGCUCCAGAUCAAGGUUGACGAUGAGUCUGGCACGAUCGUUGACGCCUGCUUCAAGACCUUCGGCUGUGGCUCCGCUAUCGCCUCCUCCUCCGUCGCAACUGAAUGGGUGAAAGGAAAGCCAAUGGAGGAAGUACUAACAAUCAAGAACACAGAAAUUGCAAAACAUCUUUCACUGCCGCCUGUAAAGCUCCACUGCAGCAUGCUCGCAGAGGAUGCGAUCAAGGCAGCUAUUAAAGAUUACGAAGUGAAGAAGGCAAAGCUGGCAGGAAAUGAUGAGUCUGCCCCAAUCGGGAAAGCUGCCGAUGCCUAACAAGCAUGUGGAAUCUGUUUAAAGUUUUAAAUGGAUGAUAAUACAUUUGUUUCUCUUGGACAUAACAGUGGUGGCCUAUGAGGUAUGUAGUCUGGUAUUCCGCUGCGUCAUGUAAAUUUACUUAUAUUUGGAAUAUAAAAGUUAUGAACUGUAAAAUAUCCAACAAGUCGCAGCUUAUUUGGCAUGCGGGGUCCAUCCUGCUGUCCGUCAUGUAAAUUUACUUAUGUUUGGAAUGUAAAAAUUAGGUUAUUUUACAAAAUAA